UGAGGCCAGACUCACACCCGCCCCAGCCCCCGCCUGCGCAGGGGUGUGAUUGGCCGGGUGUGCACGUCUCCGGGCGCGGGUGUGCGGCUGGGGGAGCGCGCGGCUGGGCCUACGGGGUGUGCGACCCCCCCACACACACACCUGGCCCGACCCCGGAUCUCCCCGUCUGGCCUGUUCCCGCCUCACGCCCGGGUGGGAAGGUGACCCCGGCGCUGCGCCCCAACAGUGAUCUCUGACACCCCGCCCCCCCGUACACGCACCUCACGUCCACACCCCGAACUGGCCCGCGUCCGCCAUGGAGCUGCAGAAGAUGGAGGAGCAGGAGGGGCUGGAGAUGUUAAACGGGUCUGUCCCGGAGUGCGACAAAGCCAGCAGCCUGGAGGAUGGCCCUUCCCCUGGCAGGGACCCCACGGCGGAGGUGACAGCGGCCGAGCAGGAGGGCUUCCUGCCCCACGCCGCCGGCAAGAAGCUGAGCCAGUUCACUGACUUCGAGGGGAAGACGUCGUUCGGGAUGUCGGUCUUUAACCUCAGCAACGCCAUCAUGGGCAGUGGCAUCCUGGGCCUUGCCUACGCCAUGAGCAACACGGGCAUUGUGCUCUUCGUCGUGCUAUUGAUCUGCAUCGCGCUUCUCUCCGCGUACUCCAUCCACCUGCUGCUGAAAUGUGCUGGCGUCGUAGGGAUCCGCGCCUACGAAGAGCUGGGUUACCGGGCGUUCGGCCCGGGCGGCAAGGUGGUGGCGGCGGUGGUCAUCUGUGUGCACAACACGGGAGCCAUGUCCAGUUACCUGUACAUUGUGAAAUACGAGUUGCCUUUAGUGAUACAGACGUUCCUGGGCCUGACGGAGAACACGGAGAACUGGUACAUGAAUGGCAACGUGCUAAUUAUCAUCGUCAGCGUCUGUGUCAUCCUGCCCCUGGCACUCAUGAAACAUCUUGGCUAUCUGGGGUACACCAGCGGGCUCUCGCUGACCUGCAUGGUCUUCUUCCUCAUGUCGGUGAUCUACAAGAAGUUCCAGAUCUCCUGCCCGCUGAACGGGACCGAGCCCGUGACAUCCCUCGUCUACUACAAUGGGCACAAUGCCAGCUCCGCGGGCACCGCUGGGGACGAGUGCACGGCCCAGACCUUCACCGUCAACUCCCAGACGGCGUACACCAUCCCCAUCUUGGCUUUUGCAUUCGUCUGUCACCCAGAGGUGCUGCCCAUCUACACAGAGCUACGCAGGGCCUCGAAGCGGCGCAUGCAGAACGUGGCGAACGUCUCCAUCCUGGCCAUGUUCGUCAUGUACCUGCUGACGGCCAUCUUCGGCUACCUCACCUUCUACGGGAACGUCGAGUCGGAAAUGCUGCACACGUACAGCGAGGUGGAUCCCCUGGACCGGCUCAUCCUCUGCGUCCGACUGGCCGUGCUGAUGGCCGUCACGCUGACGGUACCCGUGGUGCUCUUCCCGAUCCGCAGAGCCAUCCAGCAGCUACUCUUCCAUGGGAAGGAUUUUAGCUGGGUUCGACAUGUGAGCAUCGCUAUCGGCCUUCUGUUCGUUGUCAAUCUCCUCGUCAUCUUUGUCCCUAACAUCCGGGAUAUCUUUGGAGUCAUUGGCGCCACCUCCGCCCCCAGUCUCAUCUUCAUCCUCCCCAGCAUCUUCUACCUCCGCAUCGUUCCCAAUGAAAAAGAACCGCUGAGAUCCAGGCCAAAAAUCCAGGCCGCCUGUUUUGCUGCCCUCGGCUUCAUCUUCAUGGUGAUGAGUCUCAGCUUCAUCGUGGCUGACUGGGUGACGACCGGCCGCAGCAGCGGUGGGGGGCACUGACCCGCCCCCCCGUCCCCCGGCACAGACACAUGGACCCCACUGGGCCAGCUCGGGGGCCCAGACGUCACUGGGGCAAGGGCACCACCGCCUCCCACUGGCUCUCGCUGCGCUGCAGCCAUGGCAACGCUGAGACCGGUGCUAGGGCCCGCCCAUUGGCCAACUGUCACCAUGGCAACGCUACAGACCCUGGCAUCAACUGGUGUCCAUGGGAACGGCGCCAGUGCUCUUCCAUCGACUGUUACCGUGGCAAUGCUACAGCUCCUGGUUUCCAUGGGAAUGGUGCCAAGGUCCUUCCAUCGGUCGACUGUUACCGCGGCAACGCUGCAGCUUCUGGCAGUGACUGGUUUCCAUGGGAAUGGCGCUAAGGCCCUCCUAUUUGCGCCCUGUAGUCAUGGCAGCCUCCCAUUUCCAUGGGACAAAGGUCCUGAUUGGGCCAUUGGUGCCAUGGCAAUGGCAGGUUCCCCGGACUACUGAGUCCCCUGACUACAGCACAACCGGCUUCUCCUUAGCUCCCUGUCGCCGUGGCAACGUGGCAGGUCCCCAGAGGAACAACACCAGGCAUUUGUUGCCGUGAUAACGCUUUGGUUACUGCUGGAGUGGGUGGGUGGGGGAUCCCAUAGCAACAGUUCCCUCCAGACAAUGCCUCCCACCUCUUUGGUUCCCAUGGAGACAGGAACACCCCCUCUCCCCCGCUUGUACUCAUUCCCUGGCGUCAGUCGAAGAGGGACUGUGAAUCUGACUGUGCCAGGGCGGGGGCCGGGUGAGUCCAUGGUGCUCCCUGGGCGACAAUCUAAUUUAUUGCUCUUAUUUAAUUUGGAGCCAGCAGCCAGACCAAAGAGUGAUGCCAGUCUCACUGUUGGGGCUAGUAUCGUGACACCCCCCCAGGAUUCCUGGGUCCCUUCCCUGGCUCCAGGAGGGGAGUGAGGUCCAGUGGUUAUAGCUGGGGGGGAGGGGCUGGGAGCCAGGACUCCUGGGUCCUAUCCCCAGCGACGGGGCCGCGGACCGUCCACUUUUUGUGCCUCAGUUUCCCCACCAGGAGAUAGGGGCGUGUUCCCAUCCUGCUGAGGAUUAACCCUCGAGCGUCUGGAAUCUCCAGGGCUGGAGGAGAUGCUGUUACUGUUACAGCAAUGGGGGAGGUAGGGGUGAGCGUCCCAUGGAGCCUCAGGACUCCUGGGUUCUUCCCGGGACGCCUGGCUUCCUGAGCGGGGCUGGGGGGAGGGGAAGCCAUGCGCCUUCAGACCUGUUUUCCGCCUGGGACAGGUCCCAAUUGCAGAAUUCACCCCACAUCAGCACCCUCCCCCCACCACACAGGAGGUGUCGGGGCGGGCGUUUAAUCGAACCCUGGGUCUCCUUUCUCUUUUCAAACUACCUCACCACCCAGAGACAGGCCCAGGGUCACUAACGCUGCUCGCCCCAGCCCCUUCAGAGAGCAAAGGGUUAAGGACGGGGCUGUCUAGGGGGGGGCACCCCCCUGAUCACGGGGUGGGAGGCAAUCCUGGUACAGGCGCCCCCUCGGAGCCAGAGAAUGCUCUGUCUGCCCUGUCGAGAAAGCCCGGGGCCUCCGCUUCCUCCUUCAGAAACGGCUAGAUCUCACCCCAAUGGCUCCUUCUCCCCUCUAGAAAAAUCCUCGUGCCUACAUGUUUUCCUCCAGAAACCGCUAGUUCCCACCCCGCCGCCUCCAUCUCCCCCCUAGAAAAAUCCCGACACCUCCGCUUCCGCCUCCAGAGAUCUCUAGAUCCUGCUCCAGCGCCUCCGUCGCUCCUCUAGAAAAGUCCAUGUCCUUCUCCAGGCACCUUUCGAUCUCGCCCCAGUGCCUCCACCUCCUCUCUAGAAAAAUCCCGAUGCCGCCACUUCCUCCUCCAGAGAGCUCUAGAUCUUGCCCUGACGCCGCCAUCUCCCUUCUGGAAAAAUCCCUUAUGCCUACAUGUUUUCAUCCAGAAACCUCUAGAUCCCACCCCGAUGGCUCCAUCUCUGCUCUAGAAAACCCUGGGGUCUUGCGUCCUCCUCCAGCGAUCUCUAGAUCCCACCCGAUGGCUCCAUUUCCCUUCUAGAAAAGCCCCAAUGCCCCCACCCGCAGCAGAGCUCCUCCACCGCAGCAGCCUUAGCAUUUAAUGCCUCUUCAGCCCAGUGCCUUAACAGCCCCCCGGCCUCUGGUGCAGCCCCCUCCCCUCAAAGUAGCCAUCUCCUGCCCCCCAAAUUCUACCCCAACCCUGGCCAUUCUGCCCCGCCGUGGCCCACUUGCCCCCCUGCCCCGACACAGCAGUUAUAUUGGCAGAAAGGGGCCCUAUAGAGAAUCAGGACUCCUGGGUUCUCUCCCUGGCUCUGGGAGGGCAGUGGGGUCUAGUGCUGAGAGCUGGGAGCCAGGACUCCUGCUCUAACCACUCCAAUAUUCCCUUUCUCCAGGGACAGGUUCCCUGGAGCUGAAGGAAACUGAUAUUCUGCCAGCCAGGCGGGGAACACCCCCACCCCCAAAAAAUGUGGAGACCAUGCAACCAAAUCAGAGCAACUGAUCUCUUUUAUUGGGCCCACAACUGGGGAAAGAGACAAGUUUCCGAACUUCUGCAGAGCUCAUGUCCCUCCCCUGGGAGUUGGGCCGGUAAAAGACAUUACGUUCCCCACCUUGGCUGUGUCAUGUCCAGGCAACGCCGCCAACCCCCCACCAAAAAAAUGUCCUUUUCCGGAAGGAGAAACAAAAAAAAGACCAUUUUGGAAAGCGGGAUUUUUGCCCCCCAUCCGAGGGUCCAAAAACUUGGCUUUUCCCCCUUACUAACUCUCAGGACGUUUUCCAAACCGUCGGGUUUCCUUUUUGAGGCCCGGUGUUGCCUCGGGCUCGGGGACGCUGGUAGAAGGGUCCCGGGUUCAGAUUCUGGGGUGGAUGGGUUCCAGGCCUGGUUAAUUCAGGGCUGGCCUGGACGGGAUAAUCACACCGGGGCUGGCUCCCCCACACUGAAAACCUUCAUCCCGCCAGCCCCUAAAGUCGGCGUCUCGGCCUAUUGAUCCUGCCUGGAUUCACGUGACUCCAGACGCCCGAGGCUUUACGGAGAUAAAAGGGCCCCUUGAAGCAGCUUUUCGGUCAGCACGUCUGGCCCGAUCCUGUCCCCAGCGCUAGUGACAAAGCCAAAAGACCCCCCUGCUCCCCAUUGCAGCAGGGGUUCCCCACCCCCAUGGCUGGAGGGGGGGGAUGCUGUGGGGAGGGGCACCACAAUGUGAAAGCGAUGCAGGGAGCUGGUGGCUUUUGUAGGGUAGCUCUGGGUUUCAAUAAAUAGCAACCAGACUUUC